ACGAGCUGAGUUGGAGGAUCAUGGCAGAGCGCAGGAGGCACAAGAAGCGGAUCCAGGAGGUGAGUGAGCCCACCAAGGAGGAGAGGGCGGUGGCCAAGUACCUCCGUUUCAACUGCCCCACCAAGUCCACCAACAUGAUGAGCCACCGAGUGGACUAUUUCAUCGCCUCCAAGGCAGUGGACUGUCUGCUGGACUCCAAGUGGGCCAAGGCCAAGAAGGGAGAGGAGACCGUCUUCACCACCAGAGAGUCUGUGGUUGAUUACUGCAACAGACUCCUAAAGAAGCAGUUCUUCCACCGCGCUCUCAAGGUAAUGAAGAAGAAGCCAGAGAAGCCAGAGAAGCCAGAGAAGCCGGAGAAGCCAGAGAAGGAAGCCAAGAAAGAAAAGGAGAAGGAGAGGGAGAAGGCCAAGGGUGACAGCAGCAAAGAGGACGAGAAAAGGGGGAAGAAGGAGAAAGAUAAGAAGAAAGACUCGGAGGCACUCGACGCAAAGAAGGAGAAGAGCGAUGACAGCCCUGGAACUCCCAAGAAGAAGAAGGAGGUGAAGAAGAAAUUUAAACUGGAGCCCCACGAGGACCAGCUCUUCCUGGACGGAAACGAGGUCUACGUUUGGAUUUACGACCCGGUCCAUUUCAAAACUUUCGCUAUGGGACUGAUCCUUGUUAUUGCAGUCAUCGCAGCCACGCUUUUCCCCUUGUGGCCAGCUGAGAUGCGUGUAGGGGUGUAUUACCUAAGUGUUGCAGCAGGCUGCUUUGUGGCCAGUAUACUGCUACUAGCCGUCGCGCGCUGCAUCCUCUUCCUGAUCAUCUGGCUGGUGACAGGCGGACGCCACCACUUCUGGUUUCUGCCCAACCUGACAGCUGACGUGGGCUUCAUCGAUUCAUUCCGGCCCCUCUACACCCAUGAGUACAAGGGCCCGCGCACCUCCAAGAAGAGCUCGGACAAGGCAGAGGACAAAGCCGGGGAGGGCAGCGCCUCCGCCAAGGCCCAGAAGUCAGACAGUGAUGAGAAGUCGGACAACGAAAAGAAGGAAGCGGAUGAGGAAGAGGAGGAGGAAGAAGAGGAGAGCAAAGAGGCAGAGCCAGAGGAGACCAGGGAGGCCAAUGAGGGGGAGGGGGCAGAGCGACACUCGGAUUCGGACAGCGACCGCAGGGAGGACGAAGGCUCGCAACACAGCAAUGGCAAUGAUUUCGAGAUGAUCACCAGAGAAGAGCUGGAACAGCAUACAGAGGAAGAAGAGGAGGAGGAGGAAGAAGAAGAGGCUGAGACGGAGCCGAGCAAAGAAGAGGAAGGCCACAAGACUAAGCCUCAGGCUGUUGAAACAUAAACUUUCUCCACCCAAUCUCUCUCUGUCUCUCUCCCUCUCUCUCUUUCUCUCUCUCUCUCGCUCUGUCUACGUUCCACUCUUCCUCGUGUGCCGUCAGGCACACUGGUACUCCAGUCCCCUCUGACCUUGCCGAGGCCAUGAGGGGAAGGCUCCCAUCUCUCCUUGUCUGUUGAGAUCUUCCACUUAACUAAGCUGAUAGACCAGAACCGGGAUAGACACAGCACGGAGAGGACAAUGGAACUAGGUUUCAUAACAAAGCAAAAAAAAAAAAAAAGGCCUUACGGUGGAUCUAACCUGAGCCCCUUAGCCCCCCUGUUUACCUCUGUAAUUCAUAAAAAAGUGAAAACUGCCACCAGAAAUGCUUGCCUGAGGAAGUUUUUUUUUCCGUCUGAUUUGGUCACGUCAUGAUUUAGCUCACCCAAGCACGUACAUUCAAAAUGACUCAUGGUUUAUCUUUGUUGUCCAUCUUUUUGUUUCCUUUGUAUGUUACUCAUUUCUUUGUUUUCUGUUGUUGCUGUUUUGUUUUUGUUUUUUUAACGAAAGACCAAGUCCCUAAAUCACCAUCCUUCGAUAUGAAGGAAGGAAUACAGUUCUGCUAGAUUUGCUAGAGAACAUAUGCUGGCAUCUGAUUUCCCUUCAGCCCCCCAUGUCUUCAACUCGGUUGCCCUCUUAUAAUUGAUACAAUCAAGGUAGGAAUGGAGGUGGCGACAUCGAGCCACAUAACCACAGCUCAUUUAACUAGUAAAAUCUGCCCUCUUGAUCCUUUGGGUGGCAUUGUGCCCAAUGUGCCAGCCCCCCCCCCCCCCAUUCAAUGCCAUUUAGUCUGACGGCUUUCUCAGGCAGCACUUAACUGACCAACCAACCAGCGUGUCCAUGUUGGCCAUGAAAAACUGAGCUGAUCCCGUGGACCAAAUUCCAUAGUUUACCGUUUGGAUUCGAAGAUCCACAAUAGGUCGACCGGAUAGAGCUUUUGAGCAGCGGUUGUAUGAGAUACUAAAAGAUGAGAAAAUGAGAAUUCAAUCACUGAGAAGUAAUGGGUUUUGUAUUGCUGAUGAUGAUCACGUUGCAAUUCUCCACACACAGUCUAAAAUGUGCUUUUAGUUGAUGUUCACCACAGUGGGACUCAUGUUGGAGAGUAAAAGUGGAGCAUUUGAGACAAAGCUGAUUUGAUUUCUUUUCCUUGGAAGGGAAGACGAGCGCAGCAUUGCUGUAUGGUCGAAGCAGGAAGAUAAGCCCUUCACCCAUUCAAGUUUCUAUUUACGAACAAGACGGGGGGGGGGAUACGCAGUGAAACAAACUAGUGCCAAACACAACAUACAAUGAUAUUAUCAUGCAUGCUGAUUUUCUACUGAGUAAGUGUGAGCAUGGCAUUUUGGUACAUUUGUUCAUUCAUAUUGCAACUGUAGUGUCAAAUUCUUCACCUUUCACACAUCUGAAGGGGAAAAAAAACAAACAAGCACAGCACAGGGUCGUCACAGUGUCUUGCUAAAUCUUUUGGUCUCGGCAAAGCCAUUCAAGGGUUGCGCCCACUAGACUGAAGCAAUCGUGAAGCAAUCCGGAGCGAGCAGAACUGUCCCGUCUCGUAGCACAAGUUUUUACGGUUUAAAAGGAGGGGCUCGCAUAUUGAAUCUAGUCGACCAUAAACUUGCAUCAUCUCAUCACCUUUGUCUAAAUUCUGGUUGUUGGCCCACUGACUGGACAUCCAUCUGAAUUCUCCGAGGCGCAGUGGGCCACUUGUCGGGGCCUGUGGUCCAUUGCUGUCCCUUAUUGCGUUCACGUUAUUUUCUGGGCAGAGUUGUUUAAAUAUAUAUAUAUACACAUACAUAAAUAACAGUCCAACAAAUUGUGGAACAGCUUGUUCAGCUUGAACAGUGUCUCUCUGAAAAGAAGUAUAGAUAUUUUUUUCCCCUUCUGUUUAUUGUAAGGCUUAUUUUUGAAUUUUUUUAUUUUUCCUGUCUGAUCAUCAGUUGUCUGUGUCAAGCGUGUACUCAUUAUAAUUUAACAUUUGGGGUAAGAAAACAAUGGGAGAAUAUCAGAUUAUUACAACAUCAAAUAUAUUUUUUACAUUUUGCACCGUAAUGAUGUUGACUGUGUGAAUGAUAACUGGGUUUAUCGUGUGGCCGGGUACUGUACAGCACUGCCACGUGUGUGUGUAUGUCUCUACCAGUGGAUCAUUAACUGGAGAUUGGGAAAGUUGUGGCUCGUAUAACAUCGAUUAUGUCCUACAGGUUCCCAUGAAAGAAUCUGUCAAGCUGUAGUGGCUUAAUUUUGUUUGUGAAAGCGAGUAUUGACUUGCAGAUUGUUAUAUAUAUAAAUAUAUAUUCCACGUGGUUCACUGUACAAAUUUUGCCCAUUAUUUUUGUCUAUAAAAGAAGUUGAAAUAAAGCAAAUUGAAAGAUGUCUAAACUGCCCACCUGUGUUUCCCUAUCUGGACAGAGCUUGCUGAUCUUAGCCAUUUUGGAAAACUUUAGCCUUGUUUGUUGUUUCGUCUCUCACGGACCCUUGUAACUCUUGGACUUUUAAAAAAAAACACACUUUAUGUUGUCAUUCUGUUUUUUGUUUGUUCAUUGUAUUUUUUUUUCAUCUUGUCCCAUUGUCUUCUCGAGAGAGUUGCCAGUGCCAGUAGCUGUACUCUGAAUAUUGGCAGAAUUAUUUUCAAAAAGGAAAAAAAAAAUCUCCCAAUUAUUAUUGAGUGUCACACAGUAUCGGUCAUGUAUAUUGUAGUAUUACUCUAUGCUGCUGCUUCUCAUUGCACAUUUCUGGAAGAAAAAAGUGAAACUGCAAACAUCCAUCAUGUUUUAAACUGGUCAAAAAAAAAACUUUCGACCGCCCAGUCGUCCACGUUCCAAUCGGUAUCAUCCUUAAGACUGUCCCAUGCAAUAUUGGAGUAUAAUUUAAAGAAUUGGAUGUCUGGAAAUGUAUCUGUAUCUUAUCAUUGCAAUAAAAAUGUAGAAAGCA